CACCACCGAGCUGACCUCUCGUCUCUCUCUAUCCCUUAUACAUAUUCCCGCCAAUCCAAAUAACCAACCACGCCAAUAAACUGUCCAACUCCAACAUCGCUUCUCUACCUGGACAUCACUACCCCGAAUCACUUUACACCAAACAAAUAGACAAAUAGACCCCUCCGAGCCCUCCGAGCUCAUCCCCGCCAUGGCCCAAUCCACCGCCCACCGACGUCUCCUGCAAGAAUACCGCGCCCUCACCAACAACCCUCCAGAAGGCAUCACUGCAGGUCCCGUUUCCGAAGACGACCUCCUCCACUGGGAAUGUCUCAUCCAAGGCCCCGAAGGCACUCCCUUUGAAGGGGGCGUGUUCCCCGCCGAGCUCAAGUUCCCCAAGGACUACCCCCUUGCUCCGCCUACCAUGAAGUUCCUCGCCGACGUGUGGCAUCCCAACGUCUACCCCUCCGGCCUCGUCUGCAUCUCCAUCCUCCACCCCCCCGGCGACGACCCGAACCACUACGAACACGCCUCGGAGCGCUGGAGCCCCAUCCAGUCCGUCGAGAAGAUCCUCAUCUCCGUCAUGAGCAUGCUCGCCGAGCCCAACGACGAGAGUCCCGCCAACGUCGAGGCCGCCAAGAUGUGGCGCGAGCGGAGGUCCGACUACGAAAAGAAGGUCCGCGACAGCGUCAGGCAGAUGCUGGGUCUUUGAUGACUUGUUUUUUGCUCGUUCGUUUCGCUCUGCACCGACUAGAAUACACAGCGCCGCCGCUGGCCCC